AUGUCAAGUAACCAAGGCAUACUCAAAGACAGGGCCUCGUUAAUUGGAGCGUUCUCUCCGGGAAAAGCCAGUCUCCCUACUGGAUUUGGAGACAUUAAGAAAUUCAUUCCAGAAGUAACUCAACAAAAUCUGGAGACUACAGAAUCGGAGGAAUCAGACAGUGACUCGAGUGCGGAUAGUUCGGAAGAAAGUGUAUCAACCGACUCUUCCAUAACCAGAGUUGCACAUUACGACUCGACCCGACCGAAAGUUGUAGAUAAUAUGUCUCAGGAACCCGAAGAGGUAGUAAAGAGACCACGCGCAAAGGUGAACAUGGACAACAUUAUCGGCUAUACUCGUCCCCAACCAUUAACUCAAUCUGGGCUUCAGAUGCUGGGUGGUGUAUCCAACAAUCGCUUCAAAGCUCAAUCUGAACUUGUUCGACGUAGUGACUCGGUCGGACAUACAAAAGGACGACCAUUGGGCGACUCACAAACGAUGUUGGACGAUGGAUUGUCUUCUUACAAGCCGCAGGCUCUUGUGCGAGAUGUCAACCCCCCUCGAUACCACAGCUCUAGCCGGUCAGAUACGUCAUGGAACAGCGAUUCAGGGAAGAAUGACAAAUGGUCGAAUAACCGCCAAAUCGAUGACCAACCAUCACGUAGACCCUUUGUUCGGACACCAUCGAUAAUCAAUGAUCCUUUGCCAAACUAUUCUUCCAUCGGCCGCAAUCGACAGUCUCAGUCAGAAGUGGUCUAUCGUCGUCCUACGGAAGCUCCGACAGAGGUUUCACGAGUGAGUGAUCCCGGACAAGGGCAGCCGGUCCGCCGGCCAACAGUUAAAGUCAGUGCGCGAUUAAACGAGGAUAGCGAUAAUCUCGAUAAUAAUCAAUAUGGUAAAAUGCGACCACGUGUUUCAGUCAGCGCGAUGGUGGAAUUGAAUAGUAAUAAAACAAAGAGAAAGGUUGUCCAAGACAUAGGGAGCGCAAGUGAUGAAGAAAGUGGAAGUACGGAAGAGAGUGGCAGUAGUGAAGACGAGUCGGGCGCAAAUAACGAGGAAGAUAAUUUCGAGUCUUUGAUUAAUAUAAAAAUCCAGCAGGAGGUGCAAGAAUUAAAAGUUUCGAACGAGUCUCUCCUUGCAAGCAAUGCUGAACUUGAAGCAAAAUUCAAAGAACAAGCAGACAAAAUUGCAGAAUUGUCCUCUCUAAGUUCUGUUGUUGCCGAACAGCAAGAGAAAUUGGAAACCAUCAAAGAGGUGGAAGAGAUUGUAAAGAGCUUAAAAAUGAAAAUUACGGCUGCUGAAGAAGAAAUUGUUAAUCUUAAGAAACAGGCAGCCGAAAAGACGGAUGACAAGCAGAAGACAAGAAUGGCAUUUUUCGUUAACCCUAGAUCACUGCCACUGAAUAGACUUCCCCCAAUAAUUUUUGACAGAGGUAUUCAAGUCUUCUUAUUAUAUUCCUUUUCGUUGUCAAUCAUACUCUGUCUUGCUGGUACUCCAUUUUCCAUCUCUUGUAUAAUCCACACUGCGAUCGAUCUUACCUCUAACCUUUCUUUCCGAUCUCCUCGAAUUCUUAAUUCCUUUUAUCGCCAAUUACAGUCUACGACGAUUGCCUAA